CCUUUGGGACAGGCACGAAGAACAGGGGAGGGGAUUGAUCGCUUUCCGACGGGGUUCUUGCCGCGAUCGAGAGAGAUCGCAGCUGGAAGGGAGCGGCGUAGCGAGCGCUGCGCAACGCCGUCGCGCCAUUCAAUCCAGGAGGUUUGUCGGCGAGGUCGGGAUUUGAGAGGAUUAUGAGGAGGGAGGGGGUGUGCGCUAGCGCUCGACUGUUCUUGGUCGGGUUUGAGUCGUCGCCGGUGAUGACACGCAUCGGCAUUGUGCGCUUGAUGUGAUUGGCGCGUCUUCCAUCGCCAAUUCAAAGGCAGGCAGAAGGAACAAAAGGGAGAGAGAGACAGAUAGAGAGACUUUGAAGUCUCUCUUUCUCUCUCUCUCUCUCUCUCUCUCUCCACACCCACAGGGAAGCGCGAGGAAAUCUACUGGAGAGCCUAUUUUUUGCUCGAGAUUCCAGGCUCUGCCAGAUCACUCACUCCGGAGGGUUUUUCUCCUCUCCCGGCAGUUUUUCUCGCACAGCAUUCGAAUGGCGGCGAGUAUGAAGCUGGGCUCCAAGAGCGAGGGAUUUCUUCGCAGAGGCCAAGCAUGGUUUUGUACGACCGGUCUUCCCAGCGAUGUGGUUGUCCAAGUCGACGAAAUGACAUUCCACCUUCACAAGUUUCCUCUCAUGUCCAAGAGCGGGCUUCUCGAGAAACUCAUCACCGAGUCCUUAGAGAGCCGCGAUCAACUUAGAAACGAAGAUGACGAAGACGAGGACGAUGAAGAGCAGCGUGGCUGCGUCGUUCAGCUCGCUGGCAUCCCUGGCGGCACCGAGUCCUUCGAGCUAGCCGCAAAGUUCUGCUACGGCGUCAAGCUCGAGCUCACCGCCAGCAACAUUGUCCCGCUCCGUUGCGCCGCCGAGCACCUGGAGAUGACCGAGCAGCUUGGCGAAGGCAAUCUCAUCGUCAAGGCCGAAGGCUUUCUCAACCAAGUGGUGCUCCGCAGCUGGAAGGACUCGGUGCGGGCGCUUCAGUCGUGCGAGAAGGUGCUCGAGCAGGCGGAGAAGCUCCAGAUUGUCAAGCGGUGUGUGGAUUCCAUCUCCAGUAAGGCGUGCACGGAUCCGAGCUUGUUCGGGUGGCCGCUCAUGGAUCACCACCUCACCAUGCAAAGCCCCGGCGGCAGCGUCCUCUGGAACGGGAUUAGCACCGGGGCUCGGCCGAGGAACUCUCGCAGCGACUGGUGGUACGAGGACGUCGCGUCGUUGAGCUUGAGCAUGUUUGAGCGGCUGGUGGCGGCGAUGGAAGUUCGCGGAUUGAAGCCCGAGAUCGUCGCUGGAGCAGUGAUGAGUUACGGAAAACGCUACCUCCCUGGAUUAAACCGGCGCAGAGGCGAAGGUGGCGGAGGCGGUGGCGGCGGCGGUGGAAGUAGAAGGAGUGGACUCUACUCGGCUCCCGUCACCACGCUCUCUGAGGUGGAUCAACGAAUUCUACUCGAGACCAUCCAGCGGCUUCUUCCGGCUCAGAAAGGAGUCGUCCCCGUCCGAUUUCUCUUCGGCCUGCUCAAGCUGUCGAUGCUCCUGGGUGCAAGCAGCGAUUGCAAGGCGAGCCUGGAAGCGAGGAUUGGUAUGCAGCUGGAACAGGCCGGGCUGGACGACCUCCUCAUGCCGAACUACUCGUACACAGUGGAGACCCUCUACGACAUCGACGUCGUCCAGCGGAUCGUGGAGCAUUUCCUGAGCAGCGAUGGUGGUGGAUCGUCCGUGAACACGCUGGGGAACCUGGUGAGCCUGUCGUAUGAUCACGACGGCUCGCCAAACAAUGGAGCGGUGACGCCAAUGAUGCAAGUCGCCAAGCUCAUGGACGCGUACCUCGCGGAGGUGGCACCGGACGUGAAUCUCAAGAUGGGGAAGUUUCAGGCUCUGGCGGAAUCGCUGCCCGAGUACGCGAGGCUGGUGGACGAUGGUCUGUACCGUGCGAUUGAUAUCUAUCUCAAGGCUCAUCACUGGUUGACGGAGCUAGAGCGCGAGAAGCUGUGUCGCACCAUGGAUUGCCAGAAACUUUCGCUCGAGGCGUGCACUCACGCCGCUCAGAACGAGCGCCUGCCCCUCCGCGUCGUCGUCCAGGUGCUGUUCUUCGAGCAGCUGCAGCUCCGGACCGCCAUCGCCGGCUGCUUCCUCGUGUCCGAGAACGUGGAGGCGUCGCGGCCAGCUUACCAGAACCCACGCGACGCUGCCAGUGGCGCCGCCGCCGCCGCCGCCGCUGCAUCGAAUCGAGCAGCAGCAGGAGGAGGAGGUGGUGGAGAAGGCUGGGCGAAUGUACUACGCGAGAACCAAGUGAUGAAGGUGGACAUGGAUCGGAUGAGGAGCCGCGUGAUCGAGCUGGAGAAGGAGUGCACGCAGAUGAGGCAGGAGAUUGAGAAGAUUGGAAACGGGAAGAGCGGCGGCGGUGGCGGCGGCGGCGGCGGCGGCGGGGGUGGAGUGAAGAGCAGUCACGCCGUGCUCGCGGCGUCGAUGAUGUCGAGCUUCUCGCUGGCCAAGAAGCUGGGCUGCCGAUCGAAGCCGCACGCGCUAAAGCCGCAGGACGUGAUGAAGCCGCCACAGCCAGCGCCGCCGCCAGAGGAUGAUCUUGAUGAAGGAUCGCUCAAGGCGGCGGCGGCGGCGGCGAGGGCGGCGGGGGUGGCGGCUCCUCAAGUGAGGCGGCGGCAUCGGCGAACCCAUUCACUGGUUUGAUGCUUACUUUCUCCUCUCGUGUUCUCGUGUUCUUCUCGUGUGCUCUGUUUUAGGGCUAUUAAAAUUGCCGCGAAAUAUUUUAAAUUUAGA